CACCUUUUUUCCUUCUUCGUCUUCCUCCAGCUCUCGCCUCCUCCUCCUCCCACCCCCUGCUCCUCGCCAAAACCCUAGCGCUCCGCCUCCAAUCCGAGCUUCUCGCCGCCGGCCGACACCCCCGAAGGUUCCUGUGCCAGCGUAGGCGCCUCCUAUCUCGACGCGAUGGCGGGCCGCGGGAAGAAGGGGGCGGAGGACCUGGGCCGCGCGCUCAUACGGCAGCAGAACAGGGCGGCCGCGGCCGCCAAGGAGCGGGGCGAGGCGCUCGCCUCAUCCCGACGCCGCGCGGCGCCCCUCGAGUCCGUCAUCGACGUCAGCGAGAUCGACGCCGUCCUCCAGCGCGCCGCCGAGGAGGACCGCCUCCAUUCCGCCCUCGCCGCCGCCGCCUCCUCCGACCUCGUCAUCGACCUGGACGCGACGGGCGAGACAGCCGAGGAGAGGCGGAGGCUUCGGAAGGAGCAAGAGGCGCUGCACGCCAACAGCCUGGGUGUCCCGAGGCGCCCACCGUGGACUAAUCGGAUGACCGCGGAGGAGCUCGACACAAGCGAGAGGCAGGCGUUCCUUGAGUGGCGGAGGAAUCUUGCGAGAUUGGAAGAGAAUGACAAGCUUGUCCUUACACCUUUCGAGAAGAACAUUGACAUCUGGAGACAGCUCUGGAGAGUAAUUGAACGCAGCGAUUUGCUGGUCAUGGUAGUUGAUGCUCGAGAUCCCUUAUUCUACCGAUGUCCUGAUCUUGAGGUAUAUGCAAAAGAACUUGAUGAACACAAGAGAACAAUGCUCCUUGUCAACAAGGCUGAUCUACUACCUUUAAAUAUCAGAAAAAUAUGGGCAGAUUAUUUCAAGGAGCACAAUAUUUUUCAUGUUUUCUGGUCUGCUAAAGCUGCUACUGCCACAUUAGAAGGAAAAAUGUCAAGUGGUGAAGAAGAUUCUGCUUCACCUGACAUGGAUACCAAGAUAUAUGGCAGGGAAGAGCUUUUGAUGAGAUUGCAAGCUGAAGCCAAAUCUAUCGCAGCACAAAGAAGGACCUCAGCUAGUAAAGGGGAACGAGAAGCAAGUUCUACCGGUUCUGUUUCAUCAGUGGGUAAGCAUGUGGUUGCUGGAUUUGUUGGUUAUCCAAACGUUGGGAAGAGUUCCACGAUAAAUGCUUUGGUUGGCGAGAAGAAGACCGGUGUUACUCACACGCCUGGCAAGACAAAACAUUUCCAGACACUGAUAAUCUCUGAAGAGCUCAUGCUGUGUGAUUGUCCCGGUCUGGUCUUCCCUUCGUUCUCAAGCUCGAGGCAUGAGAUGGUGUCAUGCGGCGUCCUGCCGAUCGACAGGAUGACAAAGCACAGGGAGGCUAUCCAGGUGGUGGCGGAUCGCGUCCCAAGAGACGUCCUGGAGCAGAUUUACAAAAUCACCUUGCCGAAGCCAAAGGCGUACGAACCACAAUCCCGGCCACCGACUGCAGCCGAGCUGUUGCGGGCAUACUGCGCGUCUCGGGGUCAUGUCAGCCAUGGCGGGCUGCCUGACGAGACCAGGGCUGCUCGGCAGAUACUCAAGGACUACAUCGACGGCAAAAUUCCGCACUACGAACUCCCUCCUGGUGUUGUCACGGACGAUGAAGUUGAAACAGGAGAAUCUACUGCUACUGUUGCAGCAGGAGAAGGCCCGACCGCGUCAGCAGCUGAUGAAUCUUGCAGCGACGACUCCGGUGAACAGGAUGAUAAUACAACAGGAGGUCUAGACAUGAGGCGUCUCUUGAGUGAACUAGAGUCUUUCGACCUGGCAGCCACGGAAGGAUCUAAUAAUGCCACCGGGAAGAAGAAGAAGCAGCAGCACCAGGCAUCACAGAAGCAGCACAGGAAACCCCAGCGGAAGAAGGACCGGUCAUGGAGGGCCAGCAACGAUGGCAGCGAUGGAACGGCGGUGACAAGGGACUUCCAGAAGCCCACCGUCAGUACUCCUGUGGUCAGCGUGAGCGGAAAUGUAUAGUGCCAGCGGCGGCCCUAGCAUCCUUAACAACCGCAGGUCACCGUUGCUGCUGCUGCUGCCGGGAAGAUGGCUGUCGAAUGCAGGACAUAAUAUAGCUGCUUGGUCUGGCUGUGUGCCGAUUGCUGAAUCUGCUCUGGUAGCUAGAUUGGAUGAGACGACUAGAGUAGCAGAGUUUUUGCAUGGUAAUGUGUCAAACUUGCAGAGAUUAGUCCUGUUUGUCAUCUCAAAUCUUGCAUAUAUAACGCGGGUUGUGACAUGUGAUACGCCUGGUGUCCUGUAAUUUCUCAGCAAUCCACAAAACUAUACGGUAUGCGAAGAUCAUCUUGAAGUA